AUGGUGUUUGUUCUGAUCAUCAGACAUGAUCAAAAUGUCAUUGAAAUAAAUCAUAACCUUUCCAGUGAUGAUGAAAUCCUUAAAGAUGUUGUUUAUCAUCCACUGUCUAACACACUGAAAGGUCACAGGCAAAUUAAUGAGCCUGAAAAACAUUACCAUUGGUUCAAACAGUCUCCUGUUGGUUUAGAAAGCUGCUUUCCACUCAUCUCCUUCCUUGAUCUGGAUAUUAUUGUAUCUCCACCUCAUGUUGAGUUUGGUAUAGUACUAGACUCCAUGCAGUUUGUCUAUCAGUUUGGAGAUAAGCAGUCAGGAACAGUGAUUCUUGAUCAUCAUCUCAUUCAGCUUUUGGUAGUCCUGAACCAGUCAGAGUUUGCUGUCCUUCUUCUUUACGAAGAAGAAGGGGGAAGCCAUGGGAGACUUCGACGGUCGAAUCUGCCCGGAGGAUAA